CGAGAUCUUUUCGAGAAUUUGCAAUUCAGUGUGCAGCUGUCAUGGCGGACGAAAAACAACCAAGUGCCCUGCUUAGAAGGCACGAUCAAUUGAAACGCUGGGAAGAAUCUGACACAAAUAGGGCUUCAGAUUCUCUGUCUUCACACAACAGAAAAGUUAAAUUUCAGGAUGGAUGUGUUUUUCUUGCCGCGUGUUCAAGCGGUGAUUGUGAGGAAGUUUUGCGAAUGCUCGAAAAGAAUGCAGAUAUCAACACUGCAAAUAUUGAUGGACUUACGGCAUUGCAUCAGGCAUGCAUCGACGACAAUCUGGACAUGGUAGAGUUCCUGGUCGAGCAUUCUGCAGACGUAGAUGUGUGCGACAACGAAGGUUGGACGCCACUUCACGCCACAGCGUCAUGUGGCUUCACAGAAAUAGCCAGGUACCUGUUACGGAUUGGUGCCAAUGUGGCGGCCGUCAACAACGACGGGGACCUACCUUUCGACAUUUGUGAAGAUGGAGAAAUGGAAGCACUCCUACAAGAGGAGAUGGACAGACAAGGGGUGGACGCAGAUGCUGCACGGUCCGAAGAAGAGAAUCAGAUGUUGGCAGAUGCUAACAAGUGGCUGAGUAACAAGUCCGUCAAAGAGAAGCGACACCCCAAGACCGGGGCCACCGCCCUUCAUGUGGCAUGCGCAAAAGGCUACAUGAAGGUCAUAAGUGUCCUGAUGCAGGCUGGCUCCGACAUAAACGCCAAGGACUGUGAUGGCUGGACUCCACUGCACGCAGCUGCACACUGGGGACAGGAGGAGGCCUGCAAGGUCCUGGCUGAACACAUGUGCGACAUGGAAACCAAAAACAAUGCUGGCCAGUCAGCAUUCGAUGUGGCGGACUCAGAGAUUAUCAAGCUUCUGGAGGAACUGAAAACCAAACAAGCUACAUUGAAAGACACAGCAGAUGUACAGAAUGAGAUCAUUCAACACAGAGGUCAACAUCAGAAGAGAAGGCCAGUGACCACAACAAUAACAAAUCUUGACCAACCAGACAAUGACCCCAGGAGUUCUGUGACACGCAUGAGUGGGGACCAGAAACAGAGCGUGACGUUGAAGACCAAAGAAAGAGGAGACCCCAACCUCAUCCACCAGACAACACCCGAAAGUGUGGUCGAAAAGGACCCCACAGGCAAGACCGGCUCUAGUUCAGAGGGCGAGGGUGAAGAGUCGUCAGAAUCUGAGACAGGUAAAAACACUACAGAAAAACAAAAUGCAAUCAACAACCAAACCUCAGGUGUCAAACAGGUCCACGAUAUACCUAGCACUACUACUGUUGAAAUCCAGAAACCUGAAAUGCCUAAAAUCGAUGAAAAAGGCGAAUUGGGACAAAUUUCAAAUGACCUUGAUACUCAAAAUGAGGCUGAUAAGGUGGAAAUAAGUAUCAAGGACCAGGUGCCCCGAAUUGAGCGAAUAGGAGAUGGUGAUAAUCAGCUGACUGCCAAAGAGAAAGAACAGGACAAGGUGGAAAAGGAAAGUGAUGAAAAGAAUGAGGAAAUGAAGGAAUCUGAGGAGAAAGAGGUAGCUCCUUCCCCUCCUCCCAAGGACGAAGGUCCAGAUAAGGGCAUGGCUCCGCGGCGAGAGCCAAUCUCCAGGUCCAUAAGUGCCCCUGAACCUCCCCUGCCAGCUCAGGAACAGGUGCCCCUUCCUAACGAGAUCAGUAAACCCACCAACCCCAAGGAGGUGCCGUCCUGGCGUGCAGGGCUUAGGAAGACCGGCAGUACAAGUCAAGUGACGGGCUCAGUUAUGUCAAAAGAGAAAGACACUGACAAAUCAUUAGCUCGGUCUGCAUCCAGUCCUCGACUCGACAACAACCAGGAUAAGACCGGAAACAAAGUGUCAUUCCCUCCCUCGUCUAUAUCAGAGACCCCCGACUCCCGCUCCACUGACAGAUAUGGUUCACAGUAUGGCAGCACCGGACCUUACCGCCGGCCGACCUCCUUCACCUCCACCUCGUCCUCCUACCUACCAGCGUACAUCCCCUACUACUCACGCCAACAGGAGAACAACGAGCGACGCGAACGAGAAAAGGAGUCAGCAGCCGCAGCCAACUCACGGCUCACCGGCUCGACGACUCCAACCUCAUCUAGCGGAUCAAGCAUGUCAUCGUCAAUGUCAUCAUCGUCAUCAUCUAACAUCAUUACCUCCCCCUACUCUAAUUACCAAUUUAGUAAAAGAUCAUAUGAACCACCAAGGCGUGAUGAGGAGGCAGAGACCCUAAGGAAGGCUCGGGCCAAGCGUGCUCGGGAGACGAGGCGGUCUACACAGGGUGUCACGUUAGAAGAUAUACAGCAAGCAGAGAAAGCGUUGAAGGAUCCAUCAAAGGUUACUUCCACAACUACUGGGACAACGACAACUACAACAAGCAGUACAAGCGGCGCUGACGACAAGAGUCGGGUACCUGAAGCUGGCUCCCAGAAGGACAGCGAGCGAGUACCUGGCCUAGAAAGUACCAAAAAGGAAGUGAGUGCCUCAGAGGACACCACUGUACUUCGUCGGCGCACCCUGGAAGAACGCCGACAGGAUGACCUGAGAAGUAGCUACAGAAAGUCACGAGAUUCUGUCAAGGAUUACUCCACAGAUUCUGCCUAUAUACCUCGACGUGAGAGGAAUACACUGUCCACAUCGGACGGUUCCUCCACCACUUCUAGUCUGAACGCUGGGUCUGGGCUUACGCGUGUCUCCUCACUACGCACUAACCGGAUACGCAAUGGAGAAUUAGAAAGUCGUAAUGAAGACAAAGAUAAAGAAGAACGACAGAAAGAUUCUAAAGAUGACUCACAAGAGAAAUCCCAUGAUAUGAGGACAGUACGAGCUCGGAGAACAAGGAAAGAGAGACGAUCAACGGGUAUAGUGUCCUAUGAUGCCAAAAAUGAUAAAAUGCUAACAUUCCCAAUAGAUUUUUGUUUUAAGGAUGAAGAUGAGAAAGAAGAAGAAAAAGAGGAGAAGAAAGAAGAUAAGAAAGAAACUGAGGAUAAGAGUUCUUACCGCCACAGAGGACAGUAUAGUUCAACGUCAGAUGUGGGUGACAAGUAUUCUUCUCGGUCUUCCUACGCUGACCACUACCAGUCAACACCCUCCCUCGACUCUAAUUAUAAAAAACUUUACGAGGAUGAGAAGUACACGACGGAACGACUACGUAAAGAGCUGGAGAGGACGAAGAAAGAGUUAAUAGAGGCUAAGGCAGAGCUCGAUCGUCUAGUGAAACGGACAGAGGCAAAUAAGGCUGCAGAUUCAAAUGAUAAACGGGAAAAACGGGCAUUAGAACGAAAACUUUCCGAGAUGGAAGAGGAAUUGAAGAAAAUGGAUCAACUUAGAGAUGAUAACAAGCGCUUAAAAGAGGAGAAUGGUGCGUUAAUCCGAGUGAUAAGUAAACUGUCAAAGUAGUCUUUCAUGUGACUGGUCUGGUCAGUGUUUUGCCAACCAAUCAAGACUACAGCAACUUUAACGGAAGGUGCAAUGUUCUUAGGGAAUGCAGUGGCAUUUUGCAUUACAAGGAGUGAAUGCAUGUGUGUGGACGUUGAUUUGGGUGGUCCUCGGCACAAUAUGGAGAGAAACAUUCUCUAAGGUGGAGACAGAUGCAUGGACGAACACUUGGAUCUCGGCAUGUAAGGGGUGUAAUAUUGACGAACAGUCCCGAGGACAUCAACCCCUCGGCAUGUAAGGGGUGUAAUAUUGACGAACAGUCCCAAGGACAUCAACCCCUCGGCAUGGCAUGUAAGGGGUGUAAUAUUGACGAACAGUCCCGAGGACAUCAACCCCUCGGCAUGUAAGGGGUGUAAUAUUGACGAACAGUCCCGAGGACAUCAACCCUAGCUCCUGCCUUGACAUGUUCCGAUACAGGAAAAGCACAGCUCCUGCAACCCAGUUUUAUCACAUGCUGUUGGCGGCGGUUUGACACGUGUACCUUAUGUCAUUUGGGAUAUGCUGCCAAAGAUGUAGGGUGCAUCUAGUUACAUAGAUGACACAUUGGAUGUUGAAACAUGCAAGAUUGUCAUGGUGAUGGUCAUGUGCGUACAGUACUUUUCAAGCAUUUUGAUAUAUAUGAAAAUAUGUCAAACUGAAAUGUACAUGCUUGUCAUAGUUGGAUGAUAGAAGUCACCAUACAUUCUUAGACGUUGGGAGGUAAUGUAAAACUGCAAAUUAACAUGCUUGUCAUAAUCAAAUGACACGGAUGUUAAUGAAUAUUUAAAAUGUAUCAAAAAUGUUCUUACCCACGACAUGUUUUAUCAGAAAAAUGUCAUAUCAUCGGUCGUCAUCUCUCCAACUGACUAUUAAUUUAAGCUUAUUUUUUAAUUUUCUGGGUCACUUUCUACGUUUUUCUCUGUCUCCUUCCUCUUUGCGUGUGGUGUAUAAGACGACAGCUGCAGUAGGAGGGGUGGGAUUUAGCCACACUUUAACUCUCGUCAGUAGUAGGUGAAGUCUACAGGUACACAUGUAACGUACCUGUUAUAUUAAGCUGGGCAUAAAUAUGUAUAUAGCUUUAUAAUAAAUAAACUAUAAUAUAUCUGUAUAGGAACUAUAUAUGUAAAUUAAUAUUGAAGCUAUAAAUAGAAUUUAUAAUAACUAUUUGCUAUUAUUAUUAUUAUUAUUAUUAUUAUUAUCAUUGCUUGACAGAGGUAAAGUGUGUCUAGAAAUCACCUUUUGUUACUGUACCUGUCAAACAAGUCUACAUCAUACCUACCACCGUGGUCCCUAAUGUAAUAUGGGGUCAUAUCUAUUACAUGUAUUUGGAGUUUUGGUAAAGAGAAACCGAUAUAGCCAAAAUGGGUUACAGAGUUUGGUGUUUAAGAGAACAAUUCCUUACCAAGGUAUAUAAAUAUGGUUUCUUGUUUGUUGAAUAUGCCAGUAUGUAAGAUCAAGCACAUAAUAAUUUAUUAGCAUCAAAAUAUUUAUACACGAUGGUCUGGGCACACUUUUUAUGGGAUUGGCUCUGAAUUAAUGAACACUAUUAUAGUUAAAAGUUUUUAUAAUAUAUUAGUUUUGAAAUAAAAAAGACUUUUUACUUUACUGUUAAAGACUGCUGAAAUUCUUAUCUAUAUUCUGUCUAAUUGUUCAGAGGGAACAAGAUCCUUAUUUCCUGAAUGUGCAUCUGCUUGUUUCUUGAUACAAGAACGUUUCUAAUAAUAAAUUUAAAUACAGAAAAUAUCCAGAUAAAGAAAAUGUUUGGAACAUUGAUAUUUCUGUUUUCAGGAACGUCAAUAUUUGAAACUAAAGUAUGUAAGAAACCAAGCGAUUGUAGUGACUGUGAUUUAUGUACACAGGGUAAAGGAAGAUUGGAUAUUUUUUAAAAUUGAUAUCCAUAAAUCAAUACAUGUUUACGUGUACCAGUCCUUUAGUCUCAAUGUCUGUAUAAAUAUUAGUGUUAAUGUGGUCUGUUAGCUACCGGUAACUGGUUAGCACUUUUGGGGGGUGAACAAUUCUCUACUUCACAUAUGAUACAGAAGAGUUUUUGUGAUUGUCUGAUGCACAUUUUGGUUUAAUAGGUUUUGCCCUUUUUGUUUUUUCCCUGUUUUAGAAAUGAUAUAGGAAACUGCUGGUACAUCCUUAUUUAGUGAUAAUGUUUUUUUCUAAAAGUCAAAUUGCAUAAAAAUUAAGGUUUACAUGUGUGUUUUAUGAUGGUAAUCAUUAUGAUACCAAUAUUUUUUAAAAUUAAAAAAAAUAAUUCUUAGAUCAUUUGGCCGGAACAAGUUAUCAUAAAAACAUACUUGUCUGAACUACAAAAUAUUUCAAAUUGAUAUCACUUUCAUAUGAAUGCGUGAAGUUUCAGCAGUUACCAAAACCCGAAAGUUAGUUGCAACAGGCAGACUUAUUUUCAUACUCCUUAUAGUGAUUCAAAUGUUUUCCUUGAUGAGGGAUUUAGUUAAUGAAGUUUGAUAUAAUGGGGUCCUGAGAUAUAGAGGGAUAAUAUAAGGUCACUGUAGGUCACUGUACAGUGUCUCAGAGGUCAGAGGUUACUAUGGGAUUAUUAUUGGAUGCUAGUGACAAAUGGACGACCUUCACUGAUCAAGAUUGUAGGGUUGUGAAGGUGAGGUAGAAGUAAGUACCGUUUGAUGGACAUCCAACGUUGAAAAAUGAAAAAUGAAAAUUACACCCCUUGAUUAGAUUUUGUUGAGCUAAACCUUUUGACCUCUGAGAUAACAUGUCCGUAACUGAACAGGAACAACUAUACCAUAUAUAACAAUAAGAUUAACGAACGCUAACCUCCAUAUACAUAUUUAUGUAUCGUUAUGUAGCCCCAAUGUCAAGCUAACUCACUUAAAACAUGUACAUGGAAAUGUUAACAGGUGACCCAGAUAGUUCAUUGUUUGUUGCCUAUUUAAGUCUUUAAAACGUGUAUGUAUUCUUGUAUAAGAUUUCACAAUGCAGUGUACAAGGAAAACGUAGAUAUCCUUUGUUUUGAGAGUAGUAGUCAGUAAUGUAUCAGCUGCCUGUUAAUAAUGGCACUUGUUAAAUUGAUGUGGUCUGUACAAUCACAUGUGUACGACCCAGGACAGUUUUCUCUUGGGGAUGCAUCAGAAACAGUCGCAUGACUUCACGUUGACCAAUCAGAGGGGAGGAUCAAUGAGAUAGUGCUGCAUAUGUCUCCUCUCUUUCCAUGUUAAAAUAUGGUGCUAAUAUUCGCAAAAUACAUUGUACUUCUUUCGUGUUUCCAUGGCAACCACAUGUAUAUCAUGAUUUUGAUUUUUUAGUGUGUUCAUAAAUACCUUGUAAUUUUUGAUUGAUUGUGCUCAUUACACUUGAUAACUUAUGUAUAGACAAUGCUCAGCCUUUUGAAAGGAUAUAAUCCUGUUCGUAACAUGCCAUAGUCAGGUUUGUGUAAAUGUAAAAGUUUGGGAGUUUCCUGAUGAUUCAUUGGACCAGGUUGACCCCUGACCACCGACCCCAUAUUACCAUAUUUUAUUUGAACAUGAUGCUAUGGACCCCAACAUCUACUAGAUUGAAUCAUUCCCUCCUAGCUACCACCUGUGUGGCAUUACAUCAGAAACUAAAAUAUGUUAAUUCUAUUUCCGAAACUAGUAACUGGUCGAAUAAUUUCUCAAUGCUGUUUAGCAUUGUGUGUGAAAACAUGUAUUAUAUUUGGUUAAGUAGAUAAAAUAAAUUAACUGUUGCCAGGCAACUUACUUUUAACUGGAAACCUGAAUUUUAAAAGUAAAUAAAGUAGUGGCUAAUUGCAAUUUGACAAUGAA